CAUCACUCAAUGACACCUGCGCACAGUGCCGCAAAAGACCAGGGAAGACAAGUAAAAAGGGAGACAGAGGAAAACAACACGCGAAAGAAAGGAAUGUGUAUUAAGCAACAAAACGAAUUCUAGUCGCUGAACACUUACUCAGCGAACCAACGAACUAUACACAGCCUCUUGGCUCGUGAAUUUGUAUAAGAAUUUGCCAAACACGGUUUGGCGAGCUAGCUAACGUCGUUAACAACAAGUAUUCUUUCUUCCUACGCGUUAGCAACGCAGCUAGCUAGCUACCAAGAGGAUACGCGUGUGUGACCCAGACAAGAGCCGAGAAAACACGUAUUUUGGACACACCAUGAAUCCUGAAUAUGACUACCUGUUCAAGCUGCUUCUGAUCGGCGAUUCAGGGGUGGGCAAGUCUUGCCUCCUGCUUCGAUUUGCGGAUGACACCUACACGGAAAGUUACAUAAGCACCAUCGGCGUGGACUUCAAAAUCCGAACUAUUGAAUUGGACGGCAAGACUAUCAAACUACAGAUUUGGGACACUGCUGGUCAGGAGCGGUUUCGCACCAUCACCUCCAGCUAUUACAGAGGAGCCCAUGGUAUCAUCGUUGUCUAUGAUGUAACAGAUCAGGAGUCUUACAACAAUAUAAAGCAGUGGCUGCAGGAAAUCGACCGCUAUGCCAGCGAAAAUGUCAACAAGCUGCUGGUGGGUAACAAGUGUGACCUCACCACCAAGAAAGUAGUAGACUACACAACAGCCAAGGAAUUUGCUGACUCCCUAUCCAUCCCUUUCCUCGAGACCAGUGCUAAGAACGCAACCAACGUGGAGCAAUCCUUUAUGACCAUGGCGGCUGAGAUUAAGAAGCGCAUGGGGCCCGGGGCCACGACAGGAGGAGACAAACCCAACCUUAAGAUUGAUAGCACCCCAGUAAGGCAGUCUGGAGGAGGAUGCUGUUAGGACUGCCCUGUACCCUCCUCUCAACUCCAGAGGCCCAGGGGUAGAGUGACAGUACUGGGGUGGAGCUGAGAGAACAGGAAAAUAUGGUGAUGGAGGUGGUGGGACUGACUGACAUUUUUUUCAUUAUUUUUUUCUUCUCAUCUUGACCUAUGCCCAUAAUUAAGUGAGAAAGAUUUGUGCCCAAGGAGCAGUCCCCCCCCCCACUCUUUUUAUUCACAAAUAUGCACAGAAUUGGAAACAUCUUUGAAAAUUGUGGUUGGCGUUGUUAGGCAUGAAAAAUGUUUUUAGCUAUUCAAGCACUAAUCCAGUAUCUAUCUGUAGCACUGGCUGUUUAAACACACACACACACGUGGUCCAAGGAAAUCAUGGAUGUUCUUUCAACUAUGGCUGAGUACAUAACUACCCUUUAUGGCCUUUGUGGUUCCUAGUCAGACUGCUGAUCGUUGAAUGUGAGAAGGUGAAAUAAGAGGACCAUUGUGCCAGUUAAACCAGAGGUUUUAUGGACACACUCCAGAGGAAAAAUAGUGAAGACGAGUGCUGUUUGUGUCAUCUGUCCUUUCGGGAAUUGAGAUUCAGAUUUGGAAGUUGUCAUUGGGCCCAAGCGCAUAAUAUAUAGGUUGUAAUAGGGUUGCUGUUGAGGAGAAAGAGAAGACUGGGUGAAGUAAAUAACAGGCUUUCUAUCAAAACAAAGUUCACAAAGUGGGGACAACAUGGCAAAUGGAAAUCUGCAAUCACGGCGUCCACAUCUUUAAUGUCUGUUUUAAUCGUCGUUAUAUAAUACUAUUAUUACAUGGUGGUUUUACUACUGUGAUUUUGUUUUGAUUCUCUCUUCUAAUCGAGACUGUGUGUAAGCAGUAAGUGUGUUAUUGUUUUGAUUCUCUCUUCUAAUCGAGACGGUGUGUAAGCAGUAAGUGUGUUAUUGUUUUGAUUCUCUCUUCUAAUCGAGACGGUGUGUAAGCAGUAAGUGUGUUAUUGUUUUGAUUCUCUCUUCUAAUCGAGACGGUGUGUAAGCAGUAAGUGUGUUAUUGCUGUUUGAUGAAUUAGAGCAUAACCGAAGUUCAACUGCAUUUGGUUCUUUCUGUCUGGAGUGGUAGCUGGCUGUAAGCAUCAGGUGUUUUCAGGCAUGUCCAAUCCUUUAGCGUUGAGUUUGAUCUCAAGUCACAAUGCUCCUGUACCAGUACCAUCAGACCUUUUACAUGCUCACUAUAAUACCGUAUGGACACCCUCUGGUUGAUAAGGUAACAUAUUAUUACAGUACUAACUCAACCAUGCCAUUAGUCACCAUGGUCCAGCAUUGCAACAAGGUUUGGAUAUUUGUUAGACAAUAUUUUGGGGAGAGUAUGGCACAUUACAUAGCCUGCCACAGUUGUUUUCACGUUUAACUGCUUCCUCAAACUUUUAGUUUCGGAUAUGUCUAUUCUAAUGACAUGUUCGGGGGAAAGAGAGAGAAUGGACCUCGGAGGAAAAAAAAAAAUCACCAGCGUCUCAAAUUAGUAUGGGAUUUCAAGCAAGAGGAACACUUGCUUUCCUGAGUAAAUACUGUAGAGCUGAUGACUGUCUGGGAAUUCCACUUUCUUAAGCAUCACCGUUGAUAUCCUUGCCUUUUUGAUGAAGAAGUAUCUUGCGAUUGGUUGGUAAACACACAAAGGUUGCUGGGUUUUUCCAUUUAGUGAAAUUUAACCCAUUUAAAUAGUUGGCUUCGUUAAUAUAUUCUCUCUGGUUUACAUUUCCCCUUUAAAUGACAAAUAGAUUAUUUCUAAUCCACUAAUUCAAUCAUUUGGCUUUUGGUCAGGGAAGCGAUAUAAUGGAAAGAUUGCGGCACGAUGGUUAUUUCUUCUUUGCUGUGGACGAUGUAACAUGCUCUUAAUGCCCAGAUAAUAUUGGGAGUCCAUAGUAAUAAAGUAUAUUGUUAUUAUUGCCA